AUGGCAGCGCUGGCAGCUAGAGUGUGCAGGCAGCGGGCAGCCGCUGAAGGCCUUGGCUCCCACUGGAAAGCCGUCAAGUAUUUGGGCCAGGACUUCGAGGCCCUGAGGCAGCAGUGCUUGAACUCAGGGGUCCUAUUUAAGGACCCAGAGUUCCCAGCAUGUCCGUCAGCUUUGGGCUACAAGGAUCUUGGCCCAGGCUCCCCACAAACACAAGGCAUCGUCUGGAAGCGGCCCACGGAAUUGUGUCCCAGCCCGCAGUUUAUCGUUGGUGGAGCCACACGAACAGAUAUUUGUCAGGGUGAUCUCGGUGACUGCUGGCUUCUGGCAGCCAUUGCCUCCCUGACCUUGAAUGAGGAGCUGCUUUACCGGGUGGUCCCCAGGGACCAGAACUUCCAGAAGAACUAUGCGGGAAUCUUUCAUUUUCAGUUCUGGCAGUACGGAGAGUGGGUGGAGGUGGUCGUGGAUGACAGGCUGCCCACCAGGAAUGGACAGCUGCUCUUCCUGCAUUCCAAAGAAGGCAGUGAGUUCUGGAGUGCACUGCUGGAGAAGGCCUACGCCAAGCUCAAUGGUUCUUAUGAGGCUCUUGCUGGAGGGUCCACAGUGGAGGGGUUUGAGGAUUUCACGGGUGGCAUCUCUGAGUUUUACGACCUGAAGAAGCCUCCAGCCAACCUGUAUCACAUCAUCCGGAAGGCCCUCCGUGCUCACUCUCUGCUGGGCUGCUCCAUCGAUGUCUCCUGUGCAGCCGAAGCAGAGGCCAUCACCAGCCAGAAGCUGGUUAAGAGUCACGCAUACUCUGUCACUGGAGCCGAAGAGGUGGAUUUCCACGGCCGUCCAGAGAAGCUGAUCAGACUCAGGAAUCCGUGGGGUGAAGUGGAGUGGUCGGGAGCCUGGAGCGAUGAUGCGCCAGAGUGGAAUUCCAUAGAUCCCAGGCGGAAGGAGGAGCUGGACAAGAAAGCCGAGGACGGAGAGUUCUGGAUGUCAUUUUCGGAUUUCUUGAGGCAGUUCUCUCGCCUGGAGAUCUGCAACCUGUCCCCAGACUCUCUGAGCAGCGAGGAGGUGCACAAGUGGAACCUGGUCCUGUUCAACGGCCGCUGGACGCGGGGCUCCACCGCUGGGGGCUGCCAGAACUAUGCGGCCACUUAUUGGACCAAUCCCCAGUUCAAAAUCCAUUUGGAUGAGGUGGACGAGGACCAGGAGGAGGGCGUUGGUGAACCCUGCUGUACGGUGCUGCUGGGUCUGAUGCAGAAAAACCGCAGGCGGCAGAAGAGGAUAGGACAGGGCAUGCUUAGCAUCGGUUAUGCUGUCUACCAGGUUCCCAAGGAGCUGCAGGGUCCCGCGGACGCACACCUGGGCCGGGACUUCUUCCGGGAGCACCCGCCCUCGGCGCACUGCAGCAGCUACGUCAACCUGCGCGAGGUCUGCGGCCGCGCGCGGCUGCCGCCGGGGGAGUACGUGCUGGUGCCGGCCACCUUCCAGCCCUUCCAGGACGGCGAGUUCUGCCUGCGAGUGUUCUCGGAGAAGAAGGCCCGCGCCCUGGAAAUUGGGGAUGUGGUAGCUGGAAACCCACAUGAGCCACAUCCCAGUGAGGUGGACCAAGAAGAUGGCCAGUUCAAGAGCCUGUUUGAGAAGCUUGCAGGCAAGGAUUCUGAGAUCAGUGCCAAUGAGCUCAAGACCAUUCUGAAUGGCGCAUUUUCUAAACGAACAGAUAUAAAAUUCGACGGAUUCAACAUCAACACUUGCAGGGAAAUGGUCAGCCUGUUGGAUAGCAAUGGGACUGGCACCUUGGGACCGGUGGAAUUCAAGACGCUCUGGCUCAAGAUUCAGAAGUAUCUGGAGAUCUAUCGGGAAACGGGUUAUAACCACUUGGGAACCAUCGAUGCCCACGAGAUGAGGACAGCCCUCAAGAAGGCAGGUUUUAGCCUCAGCAACCAGGUGCAGCAGACCCUCGCCACACGGUUUGCGUGCAGCAAGCUCAAGGUUGACUUCGACAGCUUCGUUGCUUGUAUGAUCCGCCUGGAGACCCUCUUCAAACUAUUCAGGCUUCUGGACAAGGACCAGGAGGGCACCGUCCAGCUCUCUCUAGCUGAGUGGCUCUGCUGCGUGCUGGUCUGA